GGUGCCGCUUUGGUUGUACUUGAAUUUCUAAGUAUAUUUGGACGCCUUUAGAUGCGUGUUUUGUGUUGUCAGACAUGGAGGAGAGGAAAGCCCCCUUAAGUUUUUUCCACAAGUCCUCUUUCAGCAUCAGCAGCCUGCUGCUCCGACACGAGCGGGUGAUGAGUGACUGCGGCGCCGCGCCGGACGCUCCGCACUCCCGUGCUGCAAAACCGCCGCCGCGCUCCCAUCCGUCUGCGGGAGAUCAUGGAAAAUAUGUCGAUUUCGACGAGAGAUCCGAAAAGCCGAAGCGUACGAUUCGAGAGCGGAGCGAAGCGGCCCGACAGGAUAAAAAAGAGCCCGGAGAGGUUGGACAGUCAACAGAUGCGAAAGAGAAGAAGAAUAAACCCGAGAAGCCGCCGUUCAGUUAUAACGCGCUCAUCAUGAUGGCCAUCCGCCAGAGCCCGGAGCGACGGCUCACCCUCAACGGCAUUUACGAGUUCAUCAUGGGCAAUUUCCCGUACUACCGCGAAAACCGGCAGGGCUGGCAAAACUCCAUCCGACACAACCUGAGCCUCAACAAGUGUUUCGUCAAGGUUCCGCGCCACUACGACGACCCGGGAAAGGGCAACUACUGGAUGCUGGACCCGUCCAGUGAUGAUGUGUUCAUAGGCGGCACCACCGGGAAACUCCGGCGCCGCCCCACCGCCGCGUCCCGGGCCAAGCUAGCCAUGAAGAGAGGUGCGCGGCUGUCCUCCGCCACGGCCACCGGACUGUUCGCGAGCUCGUUUUAUUGGCCGGUUCCGCCGUUCGUGACGCUCCAGCAUCCACACCCGAGCCCCGCGUCAGCGGCGCCUUACAUCGGAGCGUCGGUUCUGUCUCAGAGCUCGCAUCACUUCGGUCCCGGCGCCGAGAGACUCCUCCCGUCCGGUCAAGAGGCGAGUUAUUACGGGAUGGGCUGUGAGCAGCGCAGGCACCAUCAGCAGAUGACCUCCUCCUCCUCUCCUCUGACUCUGCCCUCUCCCUGCUCUUUCAAUUUACUCUCCAAUCAGUCGAGCUACUUUUACUCUCAUCAGGUGCCUCACACAGCUGGACUUUCCCCCUGGUCGCAGGAGGACUCUUGCCUCUCCAAAACACCUUCUGGGCAGUUUUUUUCUGGAAAACCCUCUCCUUCUGAUUACAUUGGAGGACUGUGCACAGACAUUCCCAGUUACUUCCCGCAUUUUAACACAGCCAGCUCCAUGCACUGA